GUCGCCAUAUCUAUCAGGUUUUUUGCAGGAUAUCCCGAUCACCUGCGGUCUGCCGACACCAGGGCGCCAGUUCACGCUUUAAAGCCUCAAACUCGUGCGUGUGAUGUACGUGUGACUGCGUGUGUGGAGCCGUGAGGACGAGCACGACAAUGUGAGGACGGAUGAGGAGCGGAUCCAGAGCUGAUGUCCUGACGGGCUGAUGGGGGCCGACGGCAGCAAACACAGGAAGAGGCCCACUGAAGGGCAGGAGGAAGAGCGCUUCCCAUCUGGAUGGCGUGGUUUCCUCUCCAGCAUGGGUCUGUCAAUCCCAGCAGCCCUAUGUCGCCUGGCCCCACCUGGCCUGCGCCUGGGCCAGCACCGAAUGCUCCAUGGCAAGACCCCUGACAUCCCAGAGCACGUCCUGAGGUUGGCGGGAGUCGGCCCAGAAAAGCUGAGAGCAGAGUGGAGCCUGCCGGGGUUCAUUAGUAUGUUCCUGCCUGAAUUCCCCCACAGAACCGUGCCUGGGCACGAACACUUUCAGGUGUUGGGUUAUAUCGCCAAAGGUUCAUUUGGACCCAUUCUGAAAGUAAAGGACAAGGCCAAACGGAAAACAUACGCUGUCAAAGUUAUACCUAAAUCAGAGAUUCUAAGACUUGGGGUCUUAGAGCAGUCAAAAGAAGAAGUCAUAGUCCAGCGUCAGGUUCGCCACCCAUUUGUCCAUGACCUCGAGGACUGCUGGCAGACACAGCGCCACCUCUACAUUAUGUGUGACUACUGUAGCACAGGAGACCUGUACACCUACUGGCAGAUGAUUGGUCAGUUCACAGAGGAGACAGUACGUGUGUUUGCAGCAGAGUUGGGAUGUGCGCUCGGCUUUCUGCACGACUUUGGGAUCAUUCACAGAGAUGUGAAGAUGGAGAAUAUUCUGCUGACAGACAACGGACACCUCCGCUUAGCUGACUUUGGUUUGUCCCGUCGCCUGGAGAGAGGAGGACGAGCCUUUACAAUCUGUGGAACAAUCCAAUACAUGGCCCCAGAGGUGCUGAGUGGUGGGCCCUAUAACCACGCAGCUGAUUGGUGGUCGCUGGGGAUUCUGUUUUUCUCAUUGGUUACUGGGAAGUUCCCUAUGCCUCCAGAACUAGACCACUGCAGUAUGCUGAGGAAAGUGCGGGGUUUCCCCUAUGAAAUGCCCCUAAGCUUCAGCCCCCCAUUUGCCUUGCUAAUAACCGAGCUUUUGUGCAAGACUCCCGCCCGCCGUCUCAGGACCAUCGAUCGUUUCAAACGACAAACCUUCUUCCACGGAACAACCUUCGACCUCGCUCUGCUGCAGCGCCAGCCCAUAGAGGUGAUUCUGGAGCUGAGAGAGAGGCCAGACCGAGCCGCCAAAGCUCGACGAGGCCUCACCUUGUCUCUGCAGCCUCUUAAAGGCUUCGACUAUGACUCCCUGCUCAGCCCUCCAGCCACACCGGACAAACAGCUGGACGCCGACACAAAAACUCACACUGUUGCACCACUGCCCGGCCCGGCACGACCACUGCAGCUCACUCAGGAAAAUGGCCCACACAGAGAAGUGUUUGUGUGAUGGACUGUGAGUUUACAGGAUGAUAAUUCACCACGCUGAAGGUAAAGGACAACAGCAGUGUACAUCUGCGCACUUCUUACUCACCCUGACAAACUGGUGUGGUGCACCUUGUAAAAUGUCUUAUUCAGUAAAAGCCAAAAAUAGCUGAUUAAGAUUUAAGUGGAUCUUUAGUUUUAAAAAGAAAAGAUUCAGUUAAGUAAAAAUCAGCACAUCCCCUAAUCGGCAAAGUUAUUAUUUUUU